AUGACUUGUUUUUCUUUAUCUUGCAAUACUGGGUCAUUUCUUACCCCAUCUGCGGUCCAAAGAAGAUAUUUUGGGGUGGGUGGAGGUUUGUGCACUAGGUCAUGUGUUUUUACUUCUCUAGGGUUUAACCAAUUUUACAAGUUUCAACAUGAUUGUGUUUGGGAAAAGAAACUAGGGUAUUGUGGUGGUAGAAAUAGAGUUCCCUCAUUGACGGUUCCUUUUUGUUACAAGACUCCACGUGGUGUCUCAAGUAACAAUAAAAUUGAGCCAUUUGUAAGUAGAAGCAAGGGUGAGAGGAAGACUCACCAUGGUAAGGGUGAAGGUAAUGGGUUGAAGAAGAGGUUUUCAUUGAGAUGGCGGCCGAGGUUAAGGUUAUUGGCUAUGAGAAUGAAAAGGGCUUCCAUUAAGUCCAUUUUGAAUGAGUUGGGGGUACUUAUUCGGAAGAACUAUAGAGCAGUGGCAUUUUCUGCCUCAGUUUCUGUUGUGUUCAGCCUUUGUUUUCUGAUUCUAAAAUUGACUACACUUCCCCCUACAAAAUCUGUUCCAUAUUCUGACUUGAUCACCAGCCUUCAGAAUGGAUAUGUUGAUAAGGUUUUAGUUGAAGAGGGGUCCCGGCGUUUAUAUUACAACAUGAAGUCCCAGAUUGUUGAAAAUGAUUAUGUUUCUGGUGAAGAAUCUCAAGUUGCUGAUGUUUCCAUUUCUCCAGAUAUUGAUGAGAUAGGGAGUGAGGGUACUACUACGGCUAGCCAAAAUUCACCAGUGAAUGUACUAAAGAAAUUCUCCAAGACUCGAGCUUCAAUUCCUGAAUGGCAGUAUUGCACAAGAAAAAUAGAUCAUGAUGAAAAAUUCCUUGUUAGUUUGAUGAGAGAAAAAGGGGUUACAUAUAGCUCUGCCCCUCAAUCUGCGUUGAUGUCAAUGAGAAGUACUUUGAUCACUGUGAUAACACUGUGGAUACCUUUAAUUCCAUUGAUGUGGCUUCUCUAUCGUCAACUUUCUGCUGCUAAUAGUCCCGCAAGGAAGCAGAGGCCUAAUAGUCAGACAGUUGGAUUUGAUGAUGUGGAAGGUGUUGAUUCUGCAAAAGUAGAGCUCAUGGAGAUAGUUUCAUGCCUGCAAGGGGAUAUAAAUUACCGAAAGCUAGGGGCAAAGUUACCUAGAGGUGUGCUGCUUGUGGGUCCUCCUGGAACUGGGAAGACACUACUUGCACGUGCAGUGGCAGGGGAAGCAGGUGUACCCUUUUUCACUGUAUCUGCUAGUGAGUUUGUUGAGAUGUUUGUUGGAAGAGGGGCAGCUAGAAUCAGAGACCUUUUCAACGCGGCAAGAAAAUUUGCACCAUCAAUCAUAUUCAUUGAUGAACUUGAUGCAGUUGGAGGCAAGCGAGGAAGAAGUUUCAAUGAUGAGCGUGACCAGACAUUAAACCAGUUGCUGACAGAAAUGGAUGGAUUUGAAUCAGAGAUGAGAGUGGUAGUCAUUGCAGCAACUAAUCGGCCAGAAGCCUUGGAUCCGGCUCUAUGUCGCCCCGGUCGAUUCUCAAGAAAAGUAUAUGUUGGUGAACCUGAUGAAGAAGGAAGGAGAAAAAUAUUGGCUGUGCAUCUGAGAGGAGUCCCUUUGGAGGAGGACACUGACAUCAUUUGCCAUUUAAUUGCUUCUCUUACAACUGGUUUUGUAGGUGCUGAUCUGGCAAACAUUGUCAAUGAAUCUGCUUUGCUUGCUGCUCGGAGAGGUAGUGAAAGUGUGGCAAGGGAAGAUAUAAUGGAAGCUAUUGAAAGAGCGAAAUUCGGAAUCAAUGAUAAAGAAUUGAGGUCUAGUAAAAUAAGCAAGGAGCUAACCAAGCUAUUCCCUUGGAUGCCAUCAUUGAUGGGAAAAAAUGAAAGAAGACAGGAUGACCUGCAAGGACCGUUAGGUUAUCAAUCAUUGAGUUGA